CCUCAGCAGGCAUUGUGUGGCCCCUAGACAAUUGCACCAGAGGUCAGCUUGCUGAAGCUGGUCAAAUCAACAUGAAAACCGGUCGUAGUUGUUGCCUUUGCUGUGCCGCACUCGUGUCGUUAGCUUCUUGAACCUGCGGGAAUGCUUUUUGAACAUUGCACCCCGUCGUCCUCAUGACCUCACUUGUAUUUGUUUGAAGUGCUGGUCACAAUGUCAGUGACAAUGAGUGCCACCGCGCAGACCUUCCCCGGCCGUUUCGCAGAGAGGGUGGGCUGUGAAGGUUGCCUGGACCAGGGGGCGAGCACCAGCUAUGGAAGUCAUUUUGCAUUCGAAUACUCUCGACCCGUGCGAAGCCAGUUGAGAGCCAGCUGUGGGGGUGCAGGGUCCUCAGACAGAGCCUUCAGUUGCAACAAAGGUGCGCGGCAGGGGCCGCUGAAUGCGCAGGCCGCAUUUGAUGUCUUGGGUGGGUGGGGCUGGGGUAAGGCGGCAAAGCGGAGGGGCAUUGGACGGUGCCACGAUGAAGCCGGACAGCGGCUUUUCUGUUUCAGACAACCUGUCACGUAUUUGCGAGCAGGCUGCAACGGGGCAACGCCAGACACUUUGGCACAAAGUGGGAUUGGAGCAAAUGCACCUCGAAAAGGGCCCGAGGGGUUCCGAGAAGGUUCAAGUGGGAUGCGGCCAGGUUUGGGUGGGGUUCGGAAAGAGGUGGACGCAUUACGGGGCGUUUGGACGGCUCCUAGGGGCGCUGCAGGCAAAGCGAGGACACGUUUUGGACCGUUGGCGUGGUCAAAGAGCAACAAGGUGGCGGCCCCGUCGGAAGAGGAGGUCGACCUCGACAACCUGGACCUGACCGAUGAGAAGUCGGCUGACGUCCUCCGGGCGGCCAAGAUUGCUCAGCUUGAGCAGCUCGACUAUGAGGAGCUGCAGCAGUUGCCGCGGCGGGAGCGGCUGAUUCCGAAGAAGCGAUCGCAUGGCAAGAAGAACCCGUUCUUCCGGCUGGGGGAUCCAAAGAAGCUGGAGAUGAUACGGGAGACGUUGCGGCCGAACAGAAAGGGUCACGAAGACGAGAGUGAGGACGAGGGGGUGAAUUGGGAGGAUGAGGAGGCGGCUCUGGCGGAGCAGGGGAUUGAGAGCAGCCUGGCGGCGCUCCUGCAAAAGGACACGUUGGACGUCGACCCGUUGAAUGCGCGGCGGCGCAAGAAGUUCAGCGCAGUCACAGGCCAGUAUGCCGCCGACAAGAUUGCCGAGCUCAAAAAGGCUGGCUUGCUCCCCAAGAAAAGCGAGCGGCAGGAGGCGAUCGAGACCAAGAUGCGCGCGCGCCCGAAAGCGCAGCAGACGCGCAAGUCGGUGCUGGCCGAGCACUUUGCGGCGCACCAGGGCAGCGCGCAGGCCAUGAUCCGCAAGGUGAUGCGCCUGUGGGACGACGGGGAGCUCAAGCCGGAGGUGCGCGGGCCGCGCCAGGACGAGGACGCGCAGGCUGACGUCGAGUACGGGCUGAGCUAUGACGACAGCCGGCUGCACGUGCCGUUCCGCUUCGGGCCGAACGACGCGUUCCAGGAGCUGCUGGCGCUGCGGCCCGAGGAACGUCCGAAGUUCUUUCACCAGGGCUUCCUGGACGCUCUGGAACUAGAGUCGGGGGUGGCCAAGCUGGACGCGUUCAAGGAGGAGUUCUACAAGACGCUGAUCAAGCGCGCGCAGGCUGUCAACAGCUACUGCGAAACGCUCUCUGACUCCGACUUCGGCCUCGACAGCUCGUCCCUGGACAUGGCGGUUUACCUAACCCGCUUCCUAACCCGCAACUACAAGAACCCGGAGGACAUCAGCGCGAUCCGGUUGAGCGUGGAGGACCGCAUCGACUUUCUCCAGGAGCGCCUGCACAUAACCCGAGAGAUGGCGAUCGCGCUGCUCAUAAGCUAUCCCCGCUACUUCUCGCCGUUCUGCGACCUGGAAAGGCGGGUUGACGGCGUGCUUGCGGUGCUGGACCGGUUGGACUACGACACGGAGAGCAUGAUCAAGCUCGUCUUCAAGAACCCAUCCAUCUUCAACAACCCGCUCCAGCGCAUUGCAGACAAUAUCAGGGUGCUGCAGGCGUUCGGCCUCGCCGAGCCCGAGUUCGCCACGAAGGUGCCCUGGCUCCUCGGGAUGAACCUCAUGCAGCGGCUCGCGGAGCGGGUCAUCCUCCUGCGCAAGUACGGCAUCAGCGACGCGGAGAUGCCGGUGUGCUUCCAGCGCAACCUGUUUCUGUUCCUGACCACCGUGGAGACGUGCGACCGGCGGCUGUCGUACAUGCAGAAGCUGGGCCGCGGCAAGGACUGGCUCCGCUCGCUCGUCGUCUCGCGCCCCAAGAUCGUCUGCUGCCACCUGGAGCGCCAGGUCAAGCGCCUGCGCGACUCGUUGAAAAAAGUUGGGCUGGAGCGGCCCGACGAGGAUCUCGUGGACCUGAUCGUGAUCAACUCGCCGCUGUACCAGAUGUCGAGCAAGAAGCUCGACGAGGGGCUGGCUUAUUUCACCAAGGAACUCGGGCUGUCGCCCGAGAUCUUUCUGGAGUUCCCGCAGGCCGUGGGGUACUCGCUGGAGGGCCGCACGCGGCCACGUGUCAAGAUCUGCCAGAGUCUAGGGCUCGUGAUCGCGGACCGGGGGCAGCCCGGGCUGAGCCUCGCGCAGAUUUUAGUAACGACGUUUCCGACGUUCAAGUAUUGUAUCGAGUCGGGGGUGUGGAUGCGGAAGUAUGGGGGGCACGUGAAGCAGUUGGAGUAUGACGAGACGGGGAAAGUGCUCGCGGGGCUUGCCGAGGCGGAGGCGGACUACCUGGACGAUGACAGCGUCGAGGUGGAGAUUGAUUUGCCGGAGAUUAGCGGGCAGACUUAACGGGAGGGUUUGUCAAAAAUCUCGAGGAACGGAUUGCUUGGUGUUUGUGUGUAAUAGCGACGAAGAAUGUCGAGGCCGAGAGAUGCCGCCAUACAAGACGGGCGGAAGGAUGAGAGUUCUUGUGGGUGCACAACGCAUCUAGGAGAAGGCAGACUCGCGCAAAAAGACUGCACGGAAAGCCCAUGUUUGGGGGUUGUUUCAAGGGUGGACCAAGCGCGUACCUCGGUAAAGUGGGCAGAGUUUGCGCUUUGAGUUUCCAAUCCGACAUGGCGAAGUUGUCGGGACCAACAUAUUGUCUGUAUAUCAGUGUUUGGGCCGGCGCCAGCCUGCAAACGAACCGUCCGUUAUCGCUCACUGUCGGUCACUGCCGGUCACGAGUUAGGGGGCCCUCGAUUCCUAAUAGCUAGUUUGAUUGUUUCAGAUUGCAUCAUUUCCGCGGCUGGCCGUGUUUGAAAGUGUGCAGGAUUGGGAGUGCACUUACGACCCUCAA